AAUCUUCGCAAGCAGCCGGGUCAAAUCAGGGCUCGAAGCAGGGACCGAGAUAACCACCAAUCGAACCGCCAUUUGGUCCAGGGAUCUCGCCUUCUGGCUCGAGCCAGAUCCAACUCCCAUGGACCGCGAUCAAUGGCCCAUGCCAAAAGCGCUCUGAUAGAAGCCGACCAAGCUCUUUCUCUCUCACCCAGGGACCCCACAGCUCACAUCCUUAAAGCUCUCGCUCUCGCUCUCGAUCUCAUGGGUCACCACACCGCCGCGCUCAGGUCGAUGGACUCCGCUCUGUCUGUGCCCCACGUGAAGUCGCUAUCGGCGGCCGAGCGCGAAGACGCACUCGUAAAGAGGGCGGAGUUGAAAUUGGCAGUGAAUCAACGUCGGCGAGUUGACUCGGCGUUGGAGGAUCUGGAUGAGGCGGUGAGGCUGAGCCGGGGGAGCAACACGACAGCGUUCUGUUUAAUAGGGGAGUGUUACGAGUGGAAGGGGAUGAAAGAGAAGGCCAAGGAAGCGUUCCAGAGAGCCAUUGAAAUUGAUCCUGAUUCAGUGAAGGCUCGUAGUGGGCUGGAUCGAUUAGGCCCAUAA